AUGGGUCUCCACAUCUCGGUCAUGCUCGCGGUCUCGGCCAUGACGCUGGCGACAAAUGAUGUUGCCCACGUCAACGCGGCGCCCUCCAACACGACGUCGGGCAUCGAGGCGGUCGUCCAGGACUUGCCCUACAACCAGUGGAGCAUCUUGCGUGAGCCAGCGCCCGACGGUAUUUACGUCAACGCGCGCUCCAAGCCCAUCAAGCCCCAAUGGCUGCAGAUUUGCGGCAGUACCGUCAAGCUGGCAGACUAUGACGCGUGCGGCGGCGGUGUGUGGCAGGUCUACCAGUCUACCGAGUCCAACAAAGUCGAUCAGCUGCGUCAUGUCGCCUCGGACCAUUGUCUCGACGCGUACUGGAGCGACAAGGACCAGCGACCGCUCGUCCACGGGUACCCCUGCAACAUGCAGAAUGGCAACCAGCACUGGGUCUUUGACCUUGGGGAAACCAAGCUCGGGCACCGCCGGUACCAAGAUUGGAUCUUGGUCGCCGACAACGAUUACAUUGAAAUGGUCCACCGCAAUAGCUUAACUGCCAGCACUCCGGGAGCCUAUUUUGUAUUUAUCAAGUAA